CCUGUGCAAAGCACCAUGGUGUACUUCUGCACAAGCUUCGCUGUCGCUGUUCGCGCUGGUGGAUGAGUACAUAGGCGUCCCGGUGACAACACGGCAGUGGGUUAAUAACCCACAUAAAUACAAACGCGGGCGAAAAGACUUCUCAAUGUCACAGAGGCAACAGAGUACAAACCAAGGAUGAAUUAAUCAGCUCCGGCACAGAGAUACAGCAGCCCCAUACACACAGGCACAGCACACGCGGUACAAUUUCAAGAUCCCCACGGGGACCGUGUCCCUGCACCUUUGCUGCACCCUUGGGGAAAGAGACCGAAACAAGUCGCUCAUGGGUUAAAGACAGAGGCUAAAAAUACUGUACAAUGGCAAAUCAUUUCAGUAACGCGCAGGGCUAUUUUGGUGGAAAAGCAUGCGAGUUUGUUGAGCCGAGAAGGGAAGACCGAGUAGAUUUUCGCACAAGCGCAGAGCAGAAUCCUCCUGUACAACCGUCAAAGAGGAAUACAUGCUAACGACACGGAGGUAGACCGUGGUAAAAAUGAACGGAGGUCAGGAGCUGCACGUACAAGGGGAGAGCAACCUGUCCAGCGGAGACACUCGAACUGAUCGGAAAGCUGAGUGUGGAGGCCGCAUAGAUAAAGACAGCACAAUUCCAAGACCGCAAAUGAGCUGUGACAGAGAUCAGCUAAGGGGUAACCAGGACGCCGCGGCACCCCCGGAAACGAUGGCCCAGCCUUACGCCUCCACGCAGUUCGCCCCCCCUCAGAACGGCAUCCCGGCCGAGUACCCGGCGCCCCACCCCCACCCCGCUGCUGACUACACGGGCCAGACGGCGGUGCCCGAGCACACGCUAAACCUGUACCCCCCCGCGCAGACGCACAGCGAGCAGGGAGGCUCCGACAACAGCGUACAGACCGUCUCAGCCACAGCCACACAGACAGAUGACGCGGCACAGACAGACGGGCAGCAGACGCAGUCCCCCGAAAACACAGAGAACAAGACUCAGCCCAAGCGGCUCCACGUCUCCAACAUCCCCUUCAGGUUCCGCGACCCAGACCUCAGGCAAAUGUUUGGCCAAUUUGGUAAAAUCUUAGAUGUUGAAAUCAUUUUUAAUGAGCGGGGAUCUAAGGGAUUCGGUUUCGUAACAUUCGAAAAUAGUGCUGAUGCGGACAGGGCACGAGAGAAAUUACACGGCACCGUGGUAGAAGGCCGUAAAAUAGAGGUCAACAACGCAACAGCACGAGUAAUGACGAAUAAAAAGACAGUCAACCCUUAUGCAAACGGCUGGAAGUUGAAUCCAGUAGUGGGUGCCGUGUACAGCCCAGAAUUCUAUGCAGUUCCAGGCUUUCCGUAUCCGACGGCGACCGCUGCAGCCGCAUACAGAGGGGCGCAUCUACGAGGCCGGGGGCGCACCGUCUACAACACGUUCCGCGCAGCGGCCCCGCCGCCCCCCAUCCCGGCGUACGGCGGUGUUGUAUACCAGGAUGGAUUUUAUGGGACAGAUAUUUAUGGCGGUUAUGCUGCCUACAGAUAUGCCCAGCCUGCUGCCACCGCUGCUGCUGCCUACAGCGACAGAAAUCAUAUCCUCUUCGUUGCAGCAGACGAAAUUUCUUGUAACACCUCUUCAGUUACGGACGAGUUUAUGCUGCCGACCCCUACCACCACACACUUGCUCCGGCAGCCGCAUACAGCGUUGGUGCCAUGAAUGCUUUCGCGCCGUUGACUGAUGCCAAGACUCGGAGCCACGCAGAUGACGUGGGUCUGGUUCUUUCUUCGUUGCAGGCUAGUAUAUAUCGCGGGGGAUACAGUCGUUUCGCGCCAUACUGAACGACCAAAAAAAAGAAAAUAAAAACUAACAAAAAAAAAAGAAGAAAAACAACACAAAAAAAGAUCUGAGAACCUUCCAGUUGGGGAUAAACAAGAGAAACUUUUUUGAGGCCUGGGUAUUGCAAUACAUGCAGUAGUGCAUCAUUUUAGCACCUCUUAAGAGAGGGGGGAGGGACAGAUAUUUUUCAUCUUAUACCUCUGAUAUUUUGUUUGGUGUAUUUUAAUAUUGUGGGGUCUUUAAUUUUUCUUAAGGUUACAAUACAUAGAUUGUUGGCUGUAGAGGUUUCUGUGGUGAUCUAGAAAGCUGCUAGAUAUAAAAUCUAAAAAAAAAAAAUACAUAAAAAUAUAUAUGAAACACAAUUUAAGGCCACAAUCAAGUGUGCUUUUCUCAUUGUAAAUUAAACUAUGUAUGAUAAAUAUUAAGUCAUUCGGGGUUCUCAUGUUUUGUAAGAGUGUAAGUGACCACAAGAGUUAUGUUGUUUGCUUUUUUUGUUUUUUUGCUUUUAAUUGUUUUUAAUUUCAUAAUAUUUUGGUUUGUAUAUGAAGGGCGAAAAGGGGAAAUAUUAGGGUUGGGGUGGGAACACUAGCCUCAGAACUGGGCAGGCUCGAGAGGGCGGCGGAACGGGCAGCAGCAGGAAGGCGAGGCUUUGCGGGCCCCCUAAAAUGAGCGGAGCUAUCACGCGCCAUCGACGACCCGUCGGAUUCGAAACGGACUGCGUCAAAGACGUCGACGGAACUCCGCUGCAAUCUUAUUAGAAUCCCCAUUCGCUUUUAACGGCCGCUCCUGUCACGGCCCAUUUAAAGUAAAGUCUCCAUCGAUCACUGUUUUCCGCAGGAAUUGGAUUACAGCACAUGCGCUCUCGGCGCCCAGCUUUUUGCAGCUGUCUCCAAGCGAUUGGCAGCAGGAAGGGAAUUUAAAAGGUAAACUGUGGAAAGACUGACGCAUUAAAUUCUCAUUGAAACACCCCCCCGACUGAAGGGAUCCUACUAGCCAGGCAUGGUCCAUCCUCGAUCUGACCCAAGUAUUCCUGGUCAGGGGUGCUGGGGCCUAUCCCAGCAUGGAGUGGGCUAGUGGCAGGAUAGGUCAGCAAUCCAUCGCGGGGCACAUACACCAGUCACACACACACAUAUUUAUGGGCUAUUUUGAAUACCAAUGGUCUCUAAUUGGGCUAAACUGCAUGUCAUUGGAUGGUCUCUAAUUGGCCUAACCUGCAUGUCUUUGGACUGUGGGAGGAGGACCCAGAAGAAGCCCACAGGGACACAGGAAGAACAUGCAAACUACUGCUGUGACGCGUCAGUACUAACCAUUACACCAGCCUGCCGCCCAGCUAGGCAUCAUGACAAUAGAAACUUGACGGAGUUUGGUUUGUUUACUGUGAGCAGGAUGGCUAACAUUAGACAAGUUACCUGAAGUAAUGUUUGGAAACGGUUUUGCCUUUACCCAAAAGGCAAUUCAAACAAAAAGAAAAACAAAAUAGAUUCUCCCCUGUUACUACUAUUAAGGGUCUUCUGCCAUUUUCUCAGUCUAGUAGCUGAGCCUGUGGGAUGGAUGGAGACCUCAUGUCAUUCAGUUUGUAACUGCUGCUCGUUGGUCAGUAGGAGUCGCUGAUUGACAGCUCAUGUUAGCUCCGCCCAUUUUAGGGUUCCUCAGCAGCCUUGCCCAGGCAUUACUGGAGUACAGCAUAAAGAAUGAGUGUAGAUCCUCAUUAAUACUAAUGCAGUUAAGAGGGGGGGCACCACUGUAUUUUAAGUAUAUUAAUCAUCUUCUCUUAUCCAUUACUCAAAGCCAAAGGUUAUGUUCUUGGGUUGUUACUCUUGUAUAUUCAGAUUUUGCAUAGAAGCUGUCUAGGAAAACCCCUAAAGAUUUUGAACCAAGGCAGUACUUCACUGUUUAAUCUUUAUCUAGUUCUCUAGUCAAAUCCUUAACUAGUUUAGGCCAUUAAAAAAAGUUGUUCUUUUUAUAUUGCUUCCAGUAUAUAAAUUGAUAUUAUUACUGACUUUUAUAUUACGGGAGAGAGGAAAAAAAACAAUAACAAAUACGGUGAAAAAGCACUGUUUCUAUUUUCUCUUUUUGUUUUUCAGAAGGAAAAUAAUAAAACUAGAAUUAUUUGUACCAGUUUAAAAAAGAAAAAAGAAAACCUACAACAAUGUAUACAAUUUGAUCUGUGCAGUGGAUAUGUUCUGUUAUACAAAAUACACCAUAUGAUGUUUUAGAGUUAGCCUAGUAGACCUAUUAGAGAGAGGUGUAUCAUUUUUUAUGAAAUUACAUGAUAAUCAUAUCCAGAUUUAUAUGAACAUUUUACAGGUAUCACAAUCAUUAUGUAGAGAUAAUCAUGGUAUUUUUGUCAGCUUAAUAUUUUUUAGACUUUAUUGUUGUUGCACACACAACCUGCAAUUUUUCUUAGCUUCUUGGCUUUUGAGACAUUAUUCUGUUAAAUUUUGUUUUUGUAUUUGUUUUUGUGCAUUUGCCUUUUUGUUUUGAAAUUAUAUUUAAUGCCACAUUCUUUGUAUUAUUUUAUAGAACAAGGUCUUUACAUUUUGAAACUGUUCGAUCAACAGCAUAUGUAUAAUUUGUGAAAAGGAUAUCUAUAUAUAUAUAAAUAUAAAUAACGAUAACUUGGACAUUACAUGUGCCACGCAAGCAAGUUGGCAGGGCUCGAGGUGUCCUUGAAGAAUUGCAGCUUGUCUGUGCAUAUAGAAAGACUCCAUUCAUGCUGUCCUGUUUACAAGUAAAACUUAAGUUGAGGUGUUUGUCACAUAUCUCAUUUUUUGUAUUUAUUAAAAAAAACAACAAAAAAUAAAACACAAACUAUAAAAAAAAAACAGCAGCUUAAAUCUCAGCUGCAGAUAUCCUCAUGUGUACAUGGCGUGUCACAUCGCGCAACUCCGUAAAAUAUCCUACCUGCCGCCGUGACUCUUCUAUACAGUUUCUGCUUUUAAAAGAAAAAGUGUUGUGACCAGGCAUUCUCCUUGUCAUCGUAUGUGCAUGCAAUAUGACCCGCUAAUCAAUAACCAUCAAUAAAGUUUCACAAGAUAAGGGAGAA